CACAAACUUUCAAUAUUUGUGAUGUUUUUACAACUUCUUACUAAACUAGAAUUAGGAAAAAACUGUCAUCAUUUAGUCACAAAUCGUGACCAAAAUUACUUUUACUUAUGUUCUAGUCACCAUUUGUUACUAAAACAUUGCUAAAAAAUUAAGGGUGAGCAAAAUAAGUAGAUUCAGUUGGAAGUGUAGGACUUGGAUCAUAUAUGUUUUCUAAUUUUGUAAUAGACUCACAACUUUCUCCAUAUAUUCAAGUCUUUCUGGAAUUGCAUUUCACAAGGAACCAAAGCCAUCCAUUAAUUCCACCUACAAUCUAUCAACUUUCAAGAGAUUGAUUGUUUGGGAGAAGCUUGUUGCAUAAUUAUAAAUUAAGAUUCUCAUAAGUAACGUUUUUCCUUAUACGCACCGUUUUCGGUUACACAAAUUUUAAUUAGCGAGAGAGAAGAAGAGACUUUUUCUUCAGAAAAAACCAAAAAAAAUAUUGUAAAUAAUAACACAGCGCAGCCAUUAGGCAAAUAAUUUCGUUUGUUACAGCUACUACUUGAUUCCCAUUCUCUUAACUCUCUCUCUCUCUCUAAUUUUCUCGGCAGUUUUCUCGGAAAUCAAACAGUGAAGAAGAAAAUCUGAAGCCACCAUCGUCGUGCUGCUGCUGCAGCUGCCUACUUGCUCCGACUGAUCGAUCCUAGACUAUGAGGCUUCCUUCCCCUAGUCCCGUAGAGCCCAGGCAUCGAUUAUCUAGUCAAACAGAUCUGACUCUUGAUUAUCUCAUGGAUUUAGAGAUCGUGUUCGCUUUACUGCUUUCCUGUUUUCAUUUCGUGCUCCCUUUGCUCGCAUUUUACUUCGUUAAUGGUGAUCUAGCUGAAAUGUUUGUUCUAGCUACUGCAUUUGAUGUUAAAACCUCUUUGCUGUCUUCCUACUUGUUGAUUGACAUACGUACUAUGCGUUUUGAUAGCGAUGACACAAACAGGAGGAGAUCUCUGAGAAAUCGAGAUACUAAAGAUCUCGAGAAGGGCUUACAUGGCUCCUUUCAGUAUAGAAAUUGGACUGGCAAGUUCUCUACUCUCAAAGUUGUGUUGAUUCUCAUUGUGCUGGGAACUGUGUAUACGCUCUCGCGUUCACCAGCAGUACACAUUGCAGACCAUCCGUCCAAUAAUAACUCUAGUUUCAUAAACAGAUGGACGAGAGAGUCAACUGCAGCUGAUCCUCGCUAUAUAUCAACAGCUGGGAUAAACUGGGACCAUAUGUCAAACAUCGUCGAGAAGUUGACUGGAAAGAGCGAGUAUCAAGGGGUUGGCUUUAUAAAUCUUAACGACGAUGAUAUUGAUCAAUGGAAGGAGCUGAUACCUGACUGUGACCAUAUUUCACUUCACCUGGACCAUAUGCCAACUAACAUAACUUGGGAGUCCUUAUACCCGGAAUGGAUUGAUGAAGAAGAACAAUUUGAAGUUCCCACUUGUCCUUCUCUUCCUUGGAUUCAAGUUCCUGGCAAACCUCGGAUUGAUCUUGUCGUCGUCAAGCUUCCAUGCAACAAAGCGGGAAAGUGGUCAAGGGAUGUUGCUAGAUUACACUUGCAACUUGCAGCAGCUCGAGUGGCUGCCUCUUCUAAAGGGCUUCACGAUGUGCAUGUACUUUUGAUAACUGAUUGCUUCCCCAUUCCAAAUCUUUUUAUUGGAAAGGAGCUUGUUGCCCGUCAAGGAAAUCUAUGGCUGUACAAGCCCAACCUUCACCAGCUGAGGCAAAAAAUACAGCUGCCUGUUGGUUCCUGUGAACUUACAGUUCCUCUUAAAGCUAAAGAUACUUUCUACUCAGCAAGUGCAAAGAGAGAAGCAUAUGCUACCAUAUUACACUCUGCUAACAUUUAUGUCUGUGGAGCAAUAACAGCAGCGCAGAGCAUUCGCAUGGCUGGCUCUACACGAGACCUGGUGAUACUUGUUGAUGACUCGAUAACUGAGUACCAUAGAGGUGGCCUGGCUGCCGCUGGAUGGAAGAUCUAUCCCAUUCAAAGAAUCAGGAAUCCGAAAGCUGAAGCAGAAGCAUACAACGAAUGGAACUACAGCAAGUUCCGUCUUUGGCAAUUGACCGAGUACGACAAGAUCAUCUUCAUCGAUGCUGAUAUGCUUAUCCUUAGGAACAUUGACUUCCUCUUUGAGAUGCCUGAAAUAUCUGCUACCGGAAACAACGCCACGCUCUUCAACUCCGGCGUGAUGGUAGUUGAGCCAUCAAACUCCACGUUCCAGCUACUUAUGGAUCACAUCAAUGAAAUCGUGUCGUACAACGGAGGAGACCAAGGUUACCUCAACGAAGUAUACACGUGGUGGCAUCGGAUCCCGAAACACAUGAACUUUCUGAAGCAUUUCUGGGAAGGUGAUGAGCCUGAGAUAAAGCAGAUGAAGACGCGUCUCUUUGGAACCGAUCCUCCUAUCCUCUACGUCCUCCAUUACCUUGGGAACAAGCCCUGGAUAUGCUUCCGAGACUACGACUGUAACUGGAACGUAGACAUUCUGCAGGAGUUUGCAAGCGACGUAGCCCACAGAACCUGGUGGAAAGUGCACGACGCCAUGCCUGAGAACUUGCAGAAAUUCUGUCUGCUGAGAUCGAAACAGAAGGCGCAGCUUGAAUGGGACAGGAUGCAAGCUGAGAAAGGAAACUUCACUGACGGACAUUGGAAAAUAAAGAUCAAAGACAAGCGACUAGAGACUUGUUUCGAAGAUUUCUGCUACUGGGAGAGUAUGCUUUGGCACUGGGGCGACAAGAAUUGGACCGACAAUUCUACUAACUCUUUAUCACCGCCACCAGCAGUUAAAACUCCUCUCUCUUUACUGUAA